AUGGCUCCAAUCAAGCAAAUCGAAUAUUUUAGAGUGCCUCCGCGAUGGCUUUUUGUCAAAAUCACAGACUCCGAGGGCAAUUUCGGCUGGGGUGAAGCUUCGCUAGAGGGUCAUACAGAAGCAGUUGAAGGCUGUCUCGAUGCCUUUGUCGAGCGAUUUGUGGGCUUGGAUGCCAAUGACAUUGAGCAUAUAUGGCAGAAUGGCUAUCGUAUGGGCUUCUACCGUGGCGGCCCAAUCCUAAUGAGUGCUCUAUCUGGCAUCGAUAUCGCAUUAUGGGAUUUGAAGGCUUCACGUUUUGGUGUGCCGAUAUAUGAGCUACUUGGUGGGAAAGUCCGUGACAAGCUGCGGGUUUAUGCUUGGAUAGGCGGGGAUCGCCCGGGAGAUGUCGAGGAACAAGCUCGCGGUCGCAUAGCGCAGGGAUUCAAGGCCGUUAAAAUGAACGCGACAGAAGAUCUUGGUUGGCUGGACUCGCCCGCCGCGCUCAACGCAUCAGUAGAGCGUCUAAAGACUGUCAAGUCUCUCGGAUUAGAUGCUGGGGUGGACUUCCACGGCCGGCUGCACAAGGCAAUGGCCAUUCAGCUUGCACAUAAGCUCGCUUCGCACGAGCCGUUGUUUAUUGAGGAGCCCCUGCUCUCCGAGCAUCCAGAGUCUGUGGCUGCUUUGUCCAAAUUGGUCCCCAUUCCUAUUGCCCUUGGAGAGCGUCUACACUCGCGUUGGGAUGUCAAGCCAUUUUUAGAAUCGGCAUCGGUCAGUAUUCUUCAACCGGAUAUUAGUCACGUUGGAGGUAUUUCCGAGCUGCGUCGUAUUGCCGUCAUGGGUGAAGCAUACGAUGUGGCUUUGGCACCGCAUUGCCCUCUCGGCCCGAUUGCCCUCGCUGCGAAUAUUCAGGUGGAUGCCGUGUCGGCUAAUUUUGCGAUUCAAGAAAUGAGCUUGGGCAUCCACUAUAAUCAUGGCUCGGCAGAUAUCGGCACCUAUAUCAAGAACCCCAACGUUUGGACGGUAAACGACGGCAUGCUGGAUCUUAUGCGGGGCCCCGGGCUAGGCAUAGAGAUUGACGAGGAAAAGGUUAGAGCUGCAGCAGUCGACGCCAAAGCCUGGAGAAGCCCCUACUUCGAAGGUCCAGGUGGGGAGUGGAGAGAGUGGUAA